AUGGUUACGAAAUACUCCGAGUGGCAAAGCUGUGUUAGAGAACAUCAAGAACUCUUAAGAUUUGCCCAACAAGUGAGCUUAUCUAUUUCAUACGUAGUGUUAUCAUCGCUCGGAGCUAGUACUUAUUCGUUAGUAUUUGGAGGUGUUACUAUACUCAGUCGAUUGCCGUUAUCCGUAAAAGGAAAGUUUGGUAUCGCAUGUAUUUCAUCACUAACGAAAGUACUUUUGUGUGCAUGGCCAGCUGAUUAUUUAAUGACCAUAAGUUCUGAUGUUGGUGAAGCUGUGUAUGAUUCGUUAUGGUACAACCAUAAAGUUGAUUCACAAAAGCUUAUGUUAUUCACGUUGCUCCGCUCUCAGCGACCUGUAAUUAUAACUGUUCCCGGUCUAUUAUCAGCUUUAACAUUUCAACAUUAUUCAUCUGUAAGUGAAUAUAUUGUAAAAUUACUUUAA